AUGAGUACAUUUUAAAGACCAACAUCAUCUAGAAAGAAUACUAAUACGCUACCAGCUCAAUAGGGAGACUUAGAGGAAUAUAUUUAAAUCUUAUAUGAUCAUUAAAAGAGCUGUGAAAAGGCUGGAAAAUAUCUUGAGGCAGAUCAAGCAAAAAAGAGACUGGCUGAAUUGAAGAAGGAAUUGGAUUAUAAAAAUAAAGGAGAUGUCAAAGAUAGACAUUGUUCUGAGAAAUAGGAAAUUGAGAAAGCUCACUGUGAGGAAUUUAAUCAAUUCAAUACAUUUUGGGAUUAAAAAAUGAUAGAGUUUGAUUAGGAAGCUCAAAAGGUGAAAGAGUAAACUCUUUAAAGACACGAGGAUGAGUUGAGACAAUUUUCAGAAGAGCUUGAGAAUUCUAUUCCUGUAAAACCAAAAGACUCAGCUGAGUUAUUGGCAUUAAGAAAGACAGAGGAGUAAUUAGCUAAAUAAGAAAAUUAUAUGGAAGCCCAUUUAAUCUAAUAAAAAAUCUUGGCAUAGGAGAGAGACGAAUUAGAGAAAUGGACAGCAGGAAGACAAUAAAAAAUAAGAAAUUUAAUCACCUAACUUAGAUAAAAAUAGAUUAAUGAAUUGAAUGCACUUACAUAAAGAAUUUUAAGUGGACAAGAAGAGCAAAGAAAAAUCAGAUCCUAAGAAUUAGAAAAAUUAUUAUAAAAAUAUCAAAAUGUUAGGAAGGAAUUAGAAAGCCAAUAGGUUCAAGAGAUGACUAGGUUGGACAAAUCAUGUAAAAAUUAGUCUAUAAUGCAAUAAUCUAGAAUGAAUCAAUCAAGAAUGUAGUAAAGUUAUGCUAAGGACGAAAACUAAUAUAUUAGAUGAGAUUUAGUUAAUAUACUAUAAUAAUAUAUAAAUUAAAAAUCUAAAUAGGAA